AAUUUAAGACACUCAACUGCGCUAUAGCGCUCUCUCUCUCUCUCUCUCCAUCUUAGCUUUAGCUCUAUAUAUAACCUUCUUCGAUCUUCCAUUUCUCAUCAAAGUCAUCUCUUUAGCUAGAUAUCGAAGCUUAUAGAGCAAAGAUGACUUCCAAAUUGCUUCUUUUUUUGUUUUUUGGUGCCCUAAUUUGCACCACAAAUGCUAGGAAGCUCAUUACUCAAAAGGGUUCUUUUGAGGAGCAGAAGAACUUGUUUCACCACCCUGGAUUAGGUGGUGGGCUUGGUGGAGGAGCAGGAGGUGGUGGUGGACUUGGUGGAGGAGCAGGUGGUGGACUUGGUGGGGGAGCAGGUGGUGGACUUGGUGGGGGAGCAGGUGGUGGACUUGGUGGGGGAGCAGGUGGUGGACUUGGUGGUGGAGGUGGACUUGGAGGAGGAGCAGGAGGUGGAGGUGGACUCGGAGGAGGUGCAGGUGCAGGUGGUGGAGCUGGAUUUGGAGGAGGUGCUGGGGGUGGAGCUGGAGGUGGUCUUGGUGGAGGUGCUGGUGGUGGUGGAGGAUUUGGAGGUGGAGCUGGCGGAGGAGUAGGUGGAGGAUCUGGUUUUGGUGGUGGAGCAGGUGGUGGAUAUGGAGGUGGAGCUGGACUUGGUGGUGGAGCUGGAGGUGGAGGAGGAUAUGGGGGUGGUAGUGGCGGGGGACUAGGUGGUGGAGCUGGUGGAGGGUUUGGUGCUGGUGGCGGUGCUGGUGGUGGACUUGGAGGUGGAUUGCCUUGAAGACACAACAAAAUGCGUGCAGCUACUCCAUCUUAUUCCAAAGAUUAAUCUCAAUAUGAUACUAGAAGACUAUAUUGGCGUACUUCAUUAUUCUGUUGCUUGCAAAGCCUCUCAUUUUACAUGUAAUUGUUUGAUGUUUGUUCCUAAUUGUUAAUGAAAAAAAUCAGUAAUGAUUUCUAAAUA